AUGGACGAGGUUACGGCCGUGGACUCGUCCGUGGCGAGCCGCGCAGUACGUUGCUGCACUCCUAGAAUUAUUGUGGUGUCCAAACUGAUGGCCAAGCGAUGCGCAGCUCGGCGGAAGCGCGGCGGCGGCCGAUGCCGUUCACCAGGGCAACCAGGCGCCAAGGUUACCGCUGCCGAGGCACCUGCUGAGCGCGUGGCUUCAUCCGUAGGGCCGCAGCACAUCGCGCAUCUAGCGUUGGCGGCGCUGCCGCUCUGCUCGGCUUCACCGUACUUCCGUGUCUUUUCGUCCGUGUGGUCGCUCUUGGCGCAGUUGGCGAUCGCUGUGUGGCCCCUGGUCGUGUGCGCGCAGCUGCACCCAGCUCCCUGCUCAAGGCCAGGAACAUGCCAAGUAAAGAAUAAAAGUAAUCGUCGUCAUCGCGCCCAGCGCCAACAGGAGCAGUCGCAACGGGACACCGGCAAGGAUGUCCUCAAAGGGCAGCACUCCGGCGAUCACAGCACCUGCGUCCCCACCGGCCGCGUCUGUCUGUCGCACGUGCUCCAAGGCGCGGCUCUGGCGCACACCGUGGCGGUGGUCUGUGUGGCGCUGAUGUGCGGCGGCGGCAUGGAAGGAGGUGCGAGCUCGGUUUGCCAGCUGGCGCGCACAGCCAUACACUGGCAGUCGCUGUUUUUGCUGCUGCUGCUGCUGCUGGGCAUCGUAUUGGUGUCGCUGGGGCCUUCCAGAGCCGGUCCCCUGUUAGUCCUGGCUGCGGCAGUGGGCGGCAGCGUCGCGGCAAUGCUUCCGUCGGUGGUCCGCAGAGUGGCGCUGCAAGGUGUCGAACACUCCCGUGCGCUAGCGGUGCAGCUGUUCGGCCGAGGACGCUCCCACAGCGCCCUGCCGGCACCUCCAUCCGCAUGCGGCGACGGUUCCUGUACGAGCGAGGGCGGGCCACCGCUUCUGCCGCUUCCUGUAGCUCUGGCUAACAACGCCAAAGCUAGUAGGGCUCGCCAGGAGCCGUGUACCCGCACCGCUGUGCACCACACCGUGAAGAACCCCACCAGCUUAGGGGGCCCGGCAGCGGCUGGUUGCGGCGCGUUACCAGCAGCCGCCAGAGCGGAAUAUGCGUCUACAGGGCCGGCCGAAGAGCGGCCGACGGCUCGCUGUGCCGGCAGCUACAAUGGCGUGUUACCGAUGGGCCAGGACAGCGACUUCUCAAUGGCCUGGGUCCGUACGGUGUCGGACAUGACGCAGGAGAGCUGGUUACCCGCGUGUAGCUUUCCAAUGGCAGGCUUGUCAGACUUUUCAGACGUAAGAGGUGGCAGCUGCUCGACAGGCCGUAGUGGCAGCCGCAACCCCAAUGAACCUUUCAGCGCUCCGGCGCCAGCCGAGAUCGCAGCUUACGGAAAAGCUGCGGCUGCAGAGGAUAUCGGGGCGGCCGCCGAAUGGCGUGCUGCAGGUCCUGUAGUUGCUGUGCCCCCUGCUGCUGUGGUGGUGGCGGCGGGCAGUACUGCAACUCCGGUGCUGUACACACGCCGGCAACACCGCGGUUUCGGACUGGAGAGACACACGGGCCGGGAGGGCGCUGCAGCGGUGUUGUCUGGCCGAGGGUUUCAGGACGCGGUCCCCGGACCGGGCUCAAGAGCCGUCGCAGUGGGGACAAACACGCCGAAGCGCGACCGGGGAGGAGGUGACAAGGUAUAUCACACAUGGGGGAUUGCCGCUGGCGCCGCUGGGCCACUACGGCGGCUUGACGUAUCUACAAGCGUUGGUGCUAAUGCUACCGGUGCGAAGGCGGGCAACGCCACAUCCGCGCGAUUCCUUUUCGUGCUGUACGAAUCGCGCAUGCAGCAUAUCACCGUAGCAUUCAAGGUGGAAACCCCUGUUGGAAUGUCGUACGAUCGUGCUGCUGCCAUUCUGGCCACCUCGGUGGCCACGGGAAUAGAGGACGCACUGAACACGAGCACGUCACUUCGGUUCACGGCUGCAUCGGGGAGGCCGUCCUCGGAGGCGCUCACCCACGCGCCCCACAUGCCCAUGCGGUCUGCUUCGCGAUCUUCCGGCGCUGGUGGCAGCGGUGGUGCGGUGCGCAGCGGCCGCGGUGUCAAGGCCAGGGCCUCCGAGCUCGGUGGCAGCGGUUCUGUUUUGCGCCUUGGAAGCCCAGCCGCUGGUCAGGGACCCUCGGAUCGGUGGUUGAUCCACACAAGGCUGGUCCAUUGCCUGAGGGGCUGUGUGGAGGUGAUCGUGAAGCUGCAGCGGGGUGCCGCCGCACAGCCGGGUAGCUCCUCUGUUUCUGCCCCUUCAGCCUUCACCACCGCAGCCGCCAUGGCCACCAGCCCUUGUGCGGUCUGGCCGGUAGUCCUGCGGGCGGGACAGCCGCUGCUGGUGCUCCUGGAGAGCCCCGUGGUGGAAUUACCAGCCGAUGCUGCGGCUGCUGCCCAGUCCGCCGACGAGGCUACAGUGGAUAUGGAAAAGAGCUGGGGUGGUUCCUCUGCAAGUACCGUCCGCCCGGGGUUCAGCGACGCAGGGACAUGCCGCGAGGGCAGCCAGGCCGGCAAGAAUAGGGUUGGGGCCACAUCGCAGUUGUACCUGUACUUGGAUGACGACUGCGACGACUACAGGGCCGGUGGGGCGGUGGGUGAUGGCGACAUGGAGGCCUCCGUGGAUGUUCGAGUGGUGGUGAAGCAGCACGGUGUGGUGGUGGCAGAGGUGGAGCGACUGAGCGUGGGGCGUAGCAGGGGGGCCAGUGUCAGCCUGGACCUAUCAGGGCUGGCGGAGGGAAGUGCGACAGUGCUGGUGCUGCCGUCCAGGUCGCCCACAAGAGGGGUAGAGAGUCCGGACACGCAACCCAGCCCGGCAGCCCUGCUCUGCAUCCCAAUUGCGGUGGUUCCACCGGUGGUGGCGGAGGAGUUGUGCGGCUUACUGAAUAAGAUGGAGCAGGAAACCGCAUCUGCCGCCGCCACCGGCCCUCGCCGCACUACCGACCCACGGGUCAUUCGCGCCCGCGCAUUCACGUACCAUUUCUCUGUAUUGGUAUCAGACAUCGUGUUCCUGCUGCUGGGCUGCAAGAGGCUGGUAGAGGAAGCGGAAGUGGGGGCGGCACGGCGCCAAGCGGAGUACGCCGCUUAUGAUCAAGAGGCUACAACCAUCGAGGUUUCGGAGCUUCAGCUCCUUGGUGCAGACUUGUUGUCGUACCUGAAACGCUUAGGCCUCCAGGCCACGCUUCGCGGUGUACUGAAAGGCUUAAUGGAUGCGGGCGGUGGGCUGCUGUUUGACGGCCUGGACGACCUGUUGCGAGCUCCGGAGCCCGGCGAGGACACGGAGCUGAAGGCGGAGGGGGAGGCGGGCCAGCGAAGCGGCGACUCGGCGGUGCAGGCAGCAGCAGCGACUGAGGCAGAGGGUCUCUGUACCUCGAGGAAUCCUGGAGCUCGGCGACUCGCAGCGGCUGUGCGGGCGACCUUCCUAGGCUUCAGCGAACAAGGGCUGGAGGACGCUUGCACCGAUUUCCGCUCCCGGCACGCCCAGCCGUGGGACCUGACUGCCGGGCUGUUCAACAUGCUGCUGGUAGUAGCGACCACAGCAGCGCUGCUGGUGAACGUGGCCGGAGGAGGGCCCCACAGUUUCUGGGGUGAUGCCCGGUGCUUUAAUGUGGUCUUUCUCCGGCACUUUCGGUCUCUACCCAGCUGGGUGCCUGUGCUAUUGGCGUUGGUGGUGGGCUGCAUGCUGACCCCGCUGCUGCUCUUUGCGGCUGUGGUGAUGGCGGCGGUGGGAAAGGAGGGCGCCCACAUAUUCAGGUGGCGGGAGCAGUGCCUUCGGGUCAGUCACGUUGCAUGCCUGCUGGCGCUGUACUUGUACGGCAACUGGUACCGGAACUUGGACGAGCAGCUGCUCAGGACGAGCCGCGCACUGGCAUCACUGGUGGUAGUGAUCCAGCCGGUAUCAUACAGUGUCCACUUCCGUGCCAUCGCGUGGUGCUGGCUGGUGGAUGCGGCACUGCUGGCGCUGAUGUUCCGCGAUGCUGUCAUCGGCGGUACUGACGAUGGCGGCGUUGGUGGUGACUACUCGCUCAGCGCAGCGCCUCCUCACUGCGCCAGUGGCGGCACCAGCUGGGUUGGCCCCUGCUCUUGUUGGGCUGCUUGGGGUCCCGCUGCCCAUGCUACGGGGUCCCGCAUCCUGGCGUCCAUGGUGCUGGUGAUGGCCAGGGACGUCGGCUGGAGAAUUUCAUUCCUGGCAAGCGGACCGCUGAAAGGCUGA